CUCGUUGUCCACAUUUCACGGGGAAGAAAAUAAAAACAGCGACAUAAAAUGACCUUAGACUUGAAAAUCCCACGCGAGAAGCGCUACGACCCCAACGACUCCACGCUGACGUUCGUGGCCGCAGAGGAUGAAUUAGGCUGGUUCGCGUCUCCACGGGCGCUCAUGUCCUGCGGACACGUCGCGACGCCGACUCUUCUCACCAGAUGGUGUCGCAGGUUAUUGGACCAGGGUGAGAGCAGGUUUGUGUGUGGACAAACUGGCUGUAACGUAGAAUGGCCUUAUGAGGAGGUUUGUAAAAUGGCUCUACUGACCCCUGAGGAAAAGAAGCACUUUGAAAAAGCCAUGAAAUCCAACGCUGCCACCUGCUUUCCCACCAAACCAUGUCCCAAAUGCACAUGUCCAGUGGUGCGGAGGCGCCGGUCCAGCCUCAGGGUCCGCUGCACCAUGUGCCCCGGUAACCUGGGCGACACCUUCCGGUUCUGCUGGCAGUGCUUGAGGCGGUGGAGGGGCCCGGCUCCGCGGUCCGACCGCUGCGCCAGCUACGGCUGCACCAACGAGCUGGUGAAGCUGCUGCAAAGCUGCCCCGAGGCCGCCUUCAAGCGGGUGAGCGGGGCGGCCGGGUGCCCGUCCAUGCGCGCCUGCCCCGCCUGCGGCAUCCUGCUGCAGCACGACAGCAGGCACUGCAAGAACGUCCGCUGCCUGCGCUGCCGGGUGCAGUUCUGCUUCGUGUGCCUGAAGCGCACCCGAGACUGCUGCACCACCAGCGACAUAUUCGCCGCGUGCUCUAGCGGCGUCGCCCCCAGACAGACGUCCAUUCCCGAGUGGUGGAGGAAGAAGAGGCAAGAGCACAGGGCAAACGUUAUUCAGGCUUCAGUUUGUUUGUAGGUCAGAUGUCAAAUCUACGUUUGCAGCAUUUUUAAAAAUGAUAAAACUCUCUUUCUGACAUCAAUUUUACACAAGUUCAGGUAAUUAUCGUGCAUUUUCACUUACAUUACUCACGUACGGUUUUUACCAACCUCUCAGCUAUUUUAAAUCAUUAUUUAAAAUCUGUAAACCUUGUAUUCUUCAAGGUGCUCCUUUAUGUUUACUGUUAAACGCAGACACAGCUCAGAGAACUGAGCUAAAAGAGUAAAGAUGCUGAGAUGCUACUGUU